GAUUCUCAGCCACAACAUUUUCAAGAAAUAAUUCAAUAUCCAUGCAUACAUAUUAUGAGCGGGCUUUACUGUUUUGUUGGAGCCAUCGUUGAUAGUUCCAGAAUUUCCGACUCCAAUCAAGUUCAAGACCUUCCCGCCAAUUUCUUGCUUGAAUUUUCAGCUUCUGUUCAUUGGGUUCGAUUUUCUUUUGCUACAAGAAAUGGCAGUUUAACCAGAGUGGUUGAUUUGAUAUUAGUAUGGAGAGAUUUACCCAGAGAGAGAAUGGUUUGUUGGGAUAUAGUACUCGGAGAUCGUUUCAAAACCGUAGUUCUUCUUCGUCGAGAACAUUAACCAGUAACUCUGACAUUGAUUUCCAUGACGUAUUUGGCGGACCACCAAGGCGCUUUUCGAUGCAAGAAACGCGAUGCUGUCUCAGCGGCCAGAGUGAAAAACCAGUGUUUGGUGACCCAAUUGUUAAUCGCAGCCGAUACCCAAGUGAUGAUUUCUAUGCUGAUAUAUUUAGAGGUGACGAUGCUUACAGCUCACCUAGAAGAACUGAUCGGGAUUCUUUUGAUUCGACACCUGGUUCAAGGGUUUUAAGCCCUUCAGGGCCUUUGCCACUCAAAGCUGAGCCUUUUGGCUCUUCAUUUCCUGCUCCAUUCAGUCUUCCAGCCAAAUUGAUCAACACGAUGGACUUUCCUGUCUUCGCUUCUGGCAAUGGUAGCCCACAUAUGUACAAGGGCAGCAUUCCAAAUGGGGCAGGCCAUCCGUGUACUAGGAGUGCUUCUCUCUCUAGAUUAUCAAACCAAGCAAUCCUGAGAAAGUUUGAGUUGAAAAAUGAAUUAGGAUGCAACUUGAAAAAGGAUUCAAAAGAUGCAGAUGCUCUAACCAAUAGCAGUCGAUUUCAUUCCUCUUUGUACAAAUGGGCAGGCAGAGGAGUACUGUUACUGAUGCCUCUUAGGGGAGGGAAUGGUUCAAAAUCAAAAGAGAAGGCUAAAACUCUGAGAUGCUCAAGCUUUAAUGGAAGAACUGAAAGUGAUGGAAAAUUUCCAACAGGAAAACUGCGUGGUAUUGAGCGUCUCUUUCUCCAACACAGUAUAUCAUCAGAUACCAAGUCCUCGAAAAUGGAAGGGAGGAACCAAGUCAAAAAGGGCAACCAAAUUAGAGUAGAACCAUGUCAAAUCGUUGAGGGAGCAGCUUUUUACAUGCCAGAAUCAGAAUCCCUCAAGAGCGUUCAAUGUACUUUUGACAAUCUACCUGGUGAUGAAAGAGAACAAACAAAGCCUCAACCUUUGCCUGUGAUAGACAAAGAAGUUUUCGUGGUUACACUAGAAGGCAAAUCCGAGGUGCAGUCUCUGAGUUCGGAGUUCGAGGCACAAGGAGAUGAACAAAUAACUCAAAAGGAUGAAGUGAAAGAAGAAGUGGAGAAAAUGACUAGAGUGCCUCAUCCAAAUGUUGAUGCCAGUAUACUUGUAAAGGAGAAUGAUGGAAAUAUAAUCAAUUCAAAUAGUGCAGACAUGGAUAAAUCUAACUGCCAAAGUUUACCCGUAACUUCAGGAGACAAUCUAGGGAGGAGCACAGUAAAUGGAAAGGUCAAAGAAUUUGUUAAGAUUUUCGAUCAGGAAGCUUUGGCAAAACCCAUAAUCAAUGUCACUCGAACCCAGAGUUGUAGAUGGAUGGGCACAUGCAUUUACAGGGCAGAUAAUGUAGUAAAUGUUUGCACAACCGGAAUGGAUGAAAAAUCACACUCCCCCAAGGUGGAUCAAACUCCUAAACAGUCAGAAAAAGAACAUGCUAACAGAAAGAUCACGAUCAGUAGUGAUAAUUCUUUCUGUCAGAAGGAUGCUUCAUCAUAUUUGGAAUCACUUCCUGACGUUUCUGAGGUUACAAUUGGAAACAUAGACGACCUCUUUCAGGAAAAUUUCCUGAUUACAGAAUUAGCACAUGAUCAUGAUAAACUUCUACAAACUGGCGAAGAUUAUGAUGAUGUCCAAGUUUCGGAUGGUAAAAUUCAGCAAUGGUCAAAUGGGAAAACAGGGAAUAUUCGCUCGUUGCUAUCUACUUUACAAUAUAUUCUUUGGCCCGAGAGCGGAUGGAAACCAGUUCCGCUUGUUGAUAUAAUUGAAGGAAGUGCAUUGAAGAGAGCAUAUCAAAAAGCUUUACUCCGCCUACACCCAGAUAAGCUACAGCAGAAGGGUGCUGCUUGUCAUAAUAUAUACAUUGCAGAGAAAGUUUUUGAUAUUUUGCAGGAGGCAUGGGAUCAUUUCAAUUCACAGGGUGCAUUUUGAUUGUUCAAUGCUUUAAUGGCAAUACCUCUGAAGGAAAAUGAUGCUCAUUAUCUGCAAGUGCACUUGCAAAUACCUUUUUGACUGUGCAUAGGUAUUACAUGAUUGAUUUCAGGUUGGACGUUCGUCGAUAUCAUGUUACUUAAUAUACUCUUUAUUUACUGCAUACUGAAGUUGAUAUGUGAAUAGAACAGAACCUGUAAGAGAUUGUUUUCUAUUUUUUUCUGUGUUUGUGUACAAAGGAAAUGGCCCUGUGGUAUUUGCAGCCAAUCAAAAGUUUUUUGUACUCAAAAACUAUGGAAUGUGAAGACAUGUUCUAGUGAAAUAAUACUGUCUUGCAACAUAUGCCCCAUGAAAACUGAU